CACGGUACAUAUACACCCCAAGCAUCCUCCUCGCUGAAGUUCUCACUUUUUGCCUGGCGGCGAUCGCAAUCGGCAGGCAACAGCAGGCCAGGAUCCAAGCAAACAGCAGGGCCCAGGGGCCGAGACGUGGAGACCAGCAGCGGCGGCCAGCUCCUGCGCCAGACUCCUGCCGCCGCCUGUCCACGGGUGCAGCUGCCCCAAGGCGAAGGACGACCAAUAGCGCAGCAUGUUUUACUUGAUAGAGCUCUACAAGGAGCUGGAGGUGCAUCCACGGUUUUUUGGGCCCAAACUGCGCGAGGAAAUUGAGCGUCGGCUGCGGCAAGAGGUGGAGGGCACUUGCAAUGGCAGGUAUGGUUUCAUCCUGUCGGUCAUGGGCGUGCUGGACACGGGCAAGGGCCUGAUACGUGAAGGCAGCGGCAGCGCCGUGUUCAACCUCAAGUACAAGUGCAUCUGCAUGAAGCCCUUCAAGGGCCAGGUCAUGGACGUGGUGGUCACCUCAGUAAACAAGAUGGGGUUCUUUGCUGAAGCGGGCCCGCUCCAGGUGUUUGUGUCCAACCACCUGAUUCCCGAGGGCUUUGAGUUCAACACCGCUCACGAGCCCUGCUAUCAGACGGCCGACGGCGAGCAGAAAAUUGUGCCAGGCAGCGAAGUGCGGUUGCGCAUCGUGGGCACCCGCGUAGAUGCCAGUGACAUUUUUGCGGUUGGAUCGAUAAAGGAAGAUUAUUUAGGGGUGGUAUCUGCCCCGUUGUAG